AUGAUUUACCAGCAAGAUCGUACCAAUGUCAGCGUACUCCUUCUUCUUUCCUCCAUUCAUUUCCAAUUAAAGAACCUUGAAAACUUUAUAGAGGAUAUGUUGCCCUUAUGGCCGUCAAGUAUAGGAGAAAUCAUUUUAUUCUCUUGGUUAUCUAGUCAUUUCAGAUCAAAGCAGUUUUCGACCAUGGCCAUCCAAGCAAACAAUCAGUGUGCCGAGGCCUACAGUAAUCUCGGAAAUGUCUUCAAAGAGCGGGGAGAAUUGGCUGAAGCACUUGAAAACUACAAGUAUGCUGUUAGGCUAAAGCCCGAUUUCAUUGAUGGUUACAUCAAUUUGGCCGCUGCUCUUGUGGCUGGAGGAGAUCUCGACCAAGCUGUAGCCGCGUAUUUAAGUGCGCUCAAUUACAAUCCCGAGCUAUAUUGUGUACGGAGCGAUUUGGGCAACCUUCUCAAGGCAAUGGGUCGUUUAGAAGAUGCAAAGAUCUGCUACCUGAAAGCGAUUGAAACCCAACCACAGUUUGCCGUAGCUUGGUCAAACCUUGGCUGCGUAUUCAACGCUCAAGGCGAAAUCUGGCUGGCCAUUCAUCAUUUUGAGAAGGUUAGUGAAGGAUUGUUUUUGAGGUUGUUAUCCAACUAUGUUACAUUCCACACUAGUCAUUCCCAAAUAUGUUAGGC